GGCAGUUGAACUGUUUCAGCACGUACACUCUGUAAAGCCCAUAGUUAACUAAUUUCAAGUACCUUUUUCGCUCUGGUCAGAACAGAUCAAACAGAAGAAGCUCGAGUAACUAGUCAAAACAACAAGAUUAGCCUUUAAACUACCUGUUGCUUAGGCCUGCAUUAUCGAAAGCUAUGCCCGUCAUUAUUCUGAUACCGUAUCUGAUUGUUUUGCAUUCUGAACUGCUUUCACCUUCUCGUUUGGCUUGUAUUGCAAUUUCAUUGCUAAGAAUCCAGCACAUUCUCUGACUGUGAUACACAGAGCAGGUAGUGUUUGACGGCUCUUUUUUCCUCUUUCAGCUCGGGCAAUGUUGCAUAUGAAAGGGCCACACCACAGCAAUGGAGCUUAUACAAAUCUUCUCAGCUGCAGAGUAGCAUCCUGUAAAGUUUGAGCUCACCUUCUCCUAGCUCACACAGUUACAUGAAACCAUCUUAGCAAUGGCUAUCAAGCAGAGCAGCUUCCCUCUGCGUGUUCUUGCUGAUCUAUCCCUGCUGUUCUGCAUCCUGCUUGCACCUGUAUGCUCAGCCACACCAGCCACAGCUCCUGCCACUCUCCUGCAACUGAAAUCCAGCCUCACAGACCCUGAAGGCGUCCUCUCCGGCUGGUCGCCGGAGGCCGACGUGUGCUCAUGGCACGGCAUUACAUGCCUGCCCGGUGAGGUGGGCAUUGUCACAGGCCUCAACCUGUCCGGGUAUGGCCUGUCAGGCGUGAUACCGCCGGCGAUCGGUGGACUCAUCUCCGUCGAGUCCAUUGACCUGUCUUCUAACUCCCUCACCGGGCCGAUCCCGCUGGAGCUGGGCUUGCUGGAGAACCUGAGGACGCUGCUACUCUUCUCCAACUCCCUCACCGGCACCGUCCCACCGGAGCUUGGCCUCCUCAAGAACCUGGAGGUGCUCAGGAUCGGCGACAACAGGCUGCACGGCGAGAUCCCGCCGCACCUCGGCAACUGCAGCCAGCUGGAGACGCUCGGCCUGGCAUACUGCCAGCUGAAUGGCACUAUUCCAGCUGAGCUCGGCAAGCUGAGCCGCCUGCAGCAGCUGGCCCUGGACAACAACACCCUCACCGGCGGUAUACCGGAGCACCUCACUGGUUGCGCCAGCUUGCGCGUUCUAUCAGUGUCUGAUAACAUGCUGCAAGGCAACAUUCCUUCGUUCAUUGGAAGCUUCAGCGAUCUCCAGUCUCUGAAUUUGGCAAACAAUCAGUUUUCCGGUGGGAUUCCGUCAGAGAUCGGCAACCUUUCCAGCUUGACAUACCUCAACCUUCUUGGCAACAGCCUGACCGGCGCCAUUCCGGAAGAAGUGAACCGGCUGAGUCAGCUGCAGGUUCUGGACUUGUCCAUGAACAACAUUUCUGGAAAGCUCAGCAUCUCUGGAGCACAACUGAAGAGUCUGAAGUACCUUGUGCUGUCAGGCAAUCUCCUUGAUGGCACCAUCCCUGAAGAACUCUGCACUGGAGAUUCAUCAAGCCUGGAGAACCUGUUCCUCGCCGGCAACAACCUUGGAGGUGGCAUCGAGGCGCUGCUCAACUGCAGCGCUCUGCGGUCCAUCGACGUGUCGAACAACAGCUUCACCGGAGCAAUACCGCCGAGCAUAGACCGGCUGUCGGGGCUCAUCAACCUUGCUCUGCACAACAAUAGCUUCAUCGGCGCCCUGCCCCCGCAGAUAGGGAACCUGAGCAACCUGGAGAUCCUGUCUCUGUUUCACAAUGGCCUUACUGGCGAAAUACCGCCGGAGAUCGGCAGGCUUCAGAAGCUGAAGCUCUUGUUCCUCUACGAGAACCAGAUGUCCGGAACCAUCCCGGAUGAGCUCACCAACUGCACGAGCUUGGAAGAGGUGGACUUCUUCGGCAACGGCUUCCAUGGCCCUAUCCCUGAAAGAAUAGGGAACCUCAAGAACCUGGCCGUGCUUCAGCUCCGACAGAACGACCUGUCGGGCCCCAUUCCGGCGAGCCUCAGCGAGUGCAGGAACCUGCAGGCCCUUGCAUUGGCUGACAACCGGCUCUCCGGCGCGUUGCCGGAGACAUUCGGGCAGCUGGCUGAGCUCAGCGUGGUCACUCUGUACAACAACUCCCUCGAGGGCCCCCUGCCGGAGUCGCUGUUCCAGCUCAAGAACCUCACGGUGAUCAACUUCUCGCACAACCGGUUCUCCGGCGGCCUCGUCCCUCUCCUCGGCUCCAGCUCCCUCGCCGUGCUGGCGCUGACCAGCAACAGCUUCUCCGGGGUGAUCCCGGCGGCGGUGGCGCGGUCGAGGAACAUGGUCCGUCUCCAACUCGGCGGCAACCGGCUCGCCGGCGCAAUACCGGCCGAGCUGGGCAACCUGACGCGGCUCAGCAUGCUUGACCUCUCGUUCAACAACCUCUCCGGCGACAUCCCGGCAGAGCUCUCCAACUGCGCGCAGCUCACCCAUCUGAAGCUCGAUGGGAACAGCCUGACGGGCACCGUCCCUUCGUGGCUCGGGGGGCUGCGGUCCCUCGGCGAGCUGGACCUCUCGUCGAACGCGUUGGCUGGCGGCAUCCCGGCGGACCUUGGCAACUGCUCCGGCCUUCUCAAGCUGUCCCUCAGCGACAACCACCUCUCCGGCAGCAUCCCGCCGGAGAUCGGCCGGCUGACAUCUCUCAACGUUCUGAACCUGAACAAGAACGGCCUCGCCGGCGCCAUACCGCCGGCGCUCCGGCAAUGCAACAAGCUGUACGAGCUGCGGCUUUCGGAGAACGCGCUGGAGGGGCCGAUACCGCCGGAGCUCGGGGAGCUGUCGGAGCUGCAGGUGAUACUGGACCUGAGCCGGAACAGGCUGUCCGGCGAGAUCCCGGCGUCCCUCGGCGACCUCGUGAAGCUGGAGCGGCUGAACCUGUCGUCCAACCGGCUGGAGGGGCAGAUACCACCCUCGCUGCUGCAGCUGACGAGCCUGCACCUCCUGAACAUGUCAGACAACCUCCUCUCCGGCGCGGUGCCCGCGGGGCUGUCGAGCUUCCCGGCCGCGUCGUUUGCCGGCAACGAGCUCUGCGGCGCGCCACUGCCGCGGUGCGUGCCGUCGUCGACCCGGCGGCUCCCGGGCACGGAGGUGGCCGUGAUCGUGGCGGGCAUCGCCGUGAUCUCGGCGGCGGUGUGCGUGGUGAUGCUGUACACCAUGCUGCGGGUGUGGAGCAACUGGCGGGCGGUGUCCGUGUCGAGCUCCGACGGCGAGGAGUCGGCGCACGGCGGCGGCCGCGCCGACAAGUGGGGUGCCGCCGGGGACGGCAAGUACUGGAAGGUGGGGUCGCCGGUGUCGUCGUCGGCCGGGGAGAAGCACAGCUCGGGGUCCGAGACCAGCGCGCUCCAUGGCAAGUCGACGGAGGCUGCCGGCGCCGCGAAGAGCUAACUGCCUGGUUGCCGGCGGCAGUAGGGCAUGAAUGUUGCGUGCCGCCUCUAUCUGCGAUGCCUUGUCCGCUGAAAAUGUUUAUUUGCCGAAGCUAUAAUGGCUGUUUCUCCAUUUGAUCUCCUCUUCAUCUCGUGUGAUUGUUUCCUCCAUUACUCUGCAAUGCUUGUUCGUGUGUUCUUUUUGAUCUGGAGCUGGAAGCUGGAAGGCGGCAGAGUGCAGUGGUUUAUCUGUUGAUCUUGUAGAUCUCUACGCGUUCCCGUUUCGUGGUUACGGGCUUAAUUGGAGGUCCAAUAGAUUUGAGGAAACCUGGCCUAAUAGCAAAUCUUUCGUCUCA